AUGCAUACUUCCGUGAAGUGGUCAGAAAAGUCUCCAGGUAGAGAUGGUGUUCGCCCCCCUAUUUACAGCCUCUGUUACAGUCCAGCUGCUGAUACCAUUGUGGCUGCUUGUGGUGUUCGGGUGUUGAUGUACGACGCCACCACGGGAUCCGUUUUAAAUUCCCUUAAAGGGCAUACCGACACUGUUUACUGUGUUAGCUGCUCCCAAGACGGCAAGAACAUUGCCAGUGGAGGGGCCGAUAAGACGGUUAUUCUCUGGAAUAACAAAGGGGAGGGUGUACUGAAGUAUCAGCAUAAGGAAUCUAUACAAGCCUUGGCGUACAAUUCCUCCACGGGACAGCUUGCCUCCGUGGCAAGCUCCGACUAUGGUGUUUUUACUCCAGAAAGCGCGAAGGUAGGUAAAAACGCUUUGCCCUCUAAGGGACUCUGUGUUUCAUGGUCCCGGGGCGGACAGACGUUGGCCAUUGGGCUUUAUGACGGUACCGUUCUCUUGUUUUCACCGAACAGCUCAGAGAAGGUUCUGGUUCAACGGAAUGCCCCUGUUUGGGCCCUGGCCUUUUCACCCAUGACAGAAGACGGUUUGGAUGUACUAGUUGUGGGAUCGUGGGAUAGACGGCUUUCGUUUUACAACACGCAGGGAAAGCCCGUAAGCAAAGAGAAGGAACUUCCCUGUGACCCCUGUUGUAUUUCCUUCUAUGGAAAUGGUAGUUAUUUGCUGGUGGGUGGGAGCGACCACAAGUUGGCACUCUACACAAAGGACGGUAAUUUGCUUGUGAGCGUGAUAGAGGCCAAUGACUGGGUAUGGUCAGCUCAGCAGCGCCCUAGUAGCUCUCAGAUUUGCUGUGGAACAAAUGAUGGCUGCAUCAGUGUUAUUGAACUUACAUUAACGACGGUGCACAGCAUAUUCCACGAUCAGUACGUUUACCGCGACAAAAUGACCGAUAUUGUCCUGCAUCAGCUAACACUUGAUAAGAAAAUACGUAUUCCUUGUAACGACUACAUUCGCAAAUUAGCAAUGUAUAGGGACCGUCUUGCCGUACAUCUUCAAAACCGAAUUGUUGUUUUUGAACUUUUCUACGAUGACGAGAGGCAACUGCGGUUUCAGGAUAUUGCCCAUAUCCGAAAAAAGCUAGAGUGCAAUCUUCUCUGCGUGACGUUCAAUGCCGUUCUUUUAUGCCUUGAGCGGCGGUUAACCAUGUUUGACUUUCAGGGUAAUAAGUGCCGUGAGUGGGCCUUUGAAAGCCCUGUUCGCUACAUCAAAUUGGUUGGUGGUGCGGAGGGAAAGGAGGCUCUUUUACUUGGUUUAAAAAACGGUGCGGGGCUACGCAUUUUCGUUGACAAUCCCUUUCCCACAACGCUGGUGAAGAUCAACAACCCGAUUCGGUGCCUGGACCUAAGCUGCAUGCGCGGCAAACUGGCCGUUGUGGACGAUACGGAGUUGCUUCAAGUAUUUGAUCUGCGAAAAAAAAAUGAGGUCUUGUUCACAGCCACUGGCGUUUUGGCCGUUGCGUGGAACACGGAAUAUGACGAUAUGAUCAGCUACACCACAUCGCUUAAAACACUGAAUAUUAAAACCGGCUCCCUUCCUCCCUAUCAGCAGAAAAUGCCUGGGUUUGUUCUGGGAUUUAAAGCCAAUCGUGUUUUUAAUAUUAACAACACAGUUGUUGACGUGGUGGAAGUACCACACUCGCAUGCCCUCUAUCGUUAUGUGGAAAAGAAAGACUUGGAUUCUGCCUACCGCAUUGCAUGCCUCGGUGUGACAGAAGGGGACUGGAAGAUGCUUGGGAUGCAUGCUAUGACACAAUUACGGCUAGACAUUGCACGUAAGGCAUUUAUCCGAAUUCGUGAAGUGAGGUUUGUUGAGCUUCUCAACCGAUUAGAGCUGGAACAACGUCAAGGCAGUUCCAAAGAGAAUCCGGAGAAUGACGCACUGCUUAUGGGAGACAUUAUGGCGUAUCAAGGCAAGUUCCAGGAUGCCGCACGGUGUUUUUUGAAGUCGGGGCAUGAGAACAGGGCCAUUGAAAUGUUCUGCGAUUUAAAAAUGUGGAUGGAGGCGAAAAAAGUCUGCAGUAACGAGACACACUUGAAGGAGUUGAUUCUCCAACAGGCUCGAUGGGCAGAGGAUUCGCAGAAUUACGUGGAGGCGGCCUCCUUGUAUCAAGCCUGUGGGGAUGUGGGGAAAGCAAUUGCGAUGAUGCGCUCUGCAGGAAUGGUGGAUAAAAUGGUGGAUAUGUGUAGGGCGCUACCCAAGUCGGAUGUGGCUCUUAUCACGGAGUGCGCCGACUACUUCAAGAAACAUGGUGCGAAGCAAUACGCCUUGGAAGCAUACGAAAAAGUGGGUGAUAUUCGUUCCGUGAUUGCCCUUCAUGUGGGAAUGCAAGAGUGGCGGGAGGCUUUUGCUCUUCUUGAGCGUUAUCCCUCUUACAUCCGCGAGGUGUACAUCCCAUGGGCGAAGUGGUUGACGGAUAAUGGCAAGUUUGAGGAAGCCCUUGAGGCAUAUCGUCUAGCCAAAUGGCCGAGAGAGGCAGUUCGCAUGAUGGAAUCACUUGCAGCGAAUAGUGUGGUCUGUCGUAAGUAUUGCGACGCUGCUUUUUAUUACAUUCAUCUUGCCAGAGAAUACGGGGUGUUGGAGGAUGGGCAACAUCUGACGGAGGCACAAUGGGCAACUCGCAUGAAGCUUAGCGCGGAAUGUGUCCGUCGUGCCGAUAUUUAUUACGCGUAUAACUUUGUUUAUGCACACGCGACGCAGCCGUUUCCAUACAACGAGGUGGUACUGUUCAAUUUAUCCAAGUACGUGGUAUCCAUGCUGUCUGGCGCUGUGGUUCCACUAAAUGUGGGGAAAGGUGAAGUUCUCUAUACACUUGCACGUGUUGCAAACCAACUGAAUAUGACACGCAUUGCACGUGCGGCGCUUGAGCAGCUUCAGAGUGUGGUCCUCCCUAUCAAAAUUACGGAGCAGGUCGAUGUUGACAGUCUUUUGAUUCGCAGCAAGGCCUACGCUGACAAGGAAGAACUACAAGACGUAUGCUUCCGCUGCAAGCAAACUGUCCCGCAACUCACGAAUUCGGGUGACCGUUGUCCGAACUGUGCCCAUCCCUUUGUCCGUUCAUUUGUGAGUUUUCACGCUCUUCCCCUUGUGGAGUUUACAUUGUCGAAUGAUAUCAGCGAUGCCGAGGCGGAACGUAUUAUUUUGGCCGGUUUUGGCCGAAAGGCUGCGGAAUCAAGCAACGAGAACGGUGAUACGAAGUACAGUGGAUGGAAGGCAGAGACUGGUGCAGAUGUGAUUACAUUUUCUGAGAAAGAAGAUAAUAUAGACGCCAUGAUAGAUCAACAAAUGGCUGCUAUGGGAAGGGGGCCUGCGACCGGGCGAGACCCGUUUCAGGCGCAAUUAGCCUAUGUCACACGUCCCGGUAGACCCAAUGCGGAAUAUCAGCCAUUUGUUGUAAAUGCUGAGAUGCUUCGUCGGAUGCGUCGGGACGAGGUGUUUAUUGUUAGGGCAGGAUUUGGAACACUUCCAGCACAAAACAAAUAUUACCGGGUGAUGGACCACAGUGUGGGCAUCGUCCUUUGCCCCGUAUGUCAACACUUCUUCAAGGAUGAAGAAUACGAAUACGAAUGCAUGAAGGGUAACGGAUGCCCGCUGUGUCGUCAGAAAAUGGGACGGCGGCAGGAACGCUCUAUGCAAAAGAUUCUUAACGAUGUUUUGAGUAAUGAGCAAUAG